AUGACAUCGUCCUUCCCAGCUGACUUCGGUCCAAAUGAUAUGUCCAAGCCCCUUGAGAGCCACACGCACUCACUCACUCAGUCGGACGCGGCGCAGAAUGCCACUGGCCAGGGACGGGGAUCCGCAGGUAGCGACUCUUUUGAUCCACCGGAUAAGCCGAUUCGGCUCGCUCUAGCUUGUAAUCAGUGUCGAAAACGCAAGGUUCGAUGCGACGCGCAGCAUCCCAAGUGCCGGAAUUGCAGUCUCCGUGGCGACGUUUGUGAAACGUCCGAUCCCAGAAAGCCGGGCAAUUAUCCCGCUGUGCGUCGGCGGGCUUCGAGGCAUGGUCAAAACAAACGGGCUCGGAGGGCGUCUGAUAGAACCCUGUCGCCAAGUACAGGAGCUCUACCUGCUGGGACUGCCCAAGUGGGCCCUGUCUCAGUGAGCUCAAUCAAUUCGGUGCUGAAUCCCACAGCGCCGGCCCCAGUACCCAUGUCGGUAGGGGUGGCAAUGCCAAUAUCUGGAGCUGUCACUGGCUCAGCUGUUACUGGUGUGAAUGGACCCUGGCCAGAGCUGACUCGCGGCGUUUCCUCGGCGGGGAACUACGUGUCGCCGAGCGUAGGGGGAAGCUCGAAGAGUCCUGCUGUGAAUGGCUCCAAUGUUUCUACCGUGAGCCCGGCCAAUUCUUCAUGGCGCACGACUCAGAGUGAACGACUAGGAGAAGAUCAUUAUUCCUGGCAAAGCAGGGCAUACGAGGAGACCCAUGGCCAGGAGAUUGUAGAUAAUCCCGAGACAGAAGGGGAACCACAGGAGCCAGGAAAUGGGGGUACGCACUCUGCAGACGAGGCGGAUAGUGCUGACGACGUCUCUAGGCCACGCACCAAGGUAAGUUCUUGGGCAUUCUUAGCGUAUCCCGUUGAGAUCGUCCUCAUCCUUGUUGCAAAUGCUGAUUUGAAGCUCUGUGUUCAGCAUCUUGGUGCGAGCAGUGUGCAGUGUCUUUUCAAUUUCGUGGAUCUGCACCUGGCGCAACUGGGAUUCAAACAUGACACGCCCCUCUUUAAGCAUGGCAUGCUUCAUACGGAAGAGUUUCCAUUACCCAUUAUCCCUCAUAUGCCCGACCUACCAGACCAGACGGUAUUGAAAAGUUAUCUCGACAUCUUCUUCGCCAGGAUAUGGCCAGUCUACCCCGUUCUCGAUCGAAAAGCCUUUGAGACGGACAUAAACACCGUAUUUUUCUUGCAAACAGCCCGAGAGGCGUGGCCAGGGAGUAUCACAUUAUCACACGUUCCUACUCUCGUCUCUAUUUAUGCAAUCACAUCGCUUGGUCUGAGUGAAACAUCAGACGAUUCAGACGCAAGUUUUGACUAUCUGACGGCUAGUCAUAGCCUCCAUGGUCACCUGGUUGCUGUGCCAUACACUACCAGCGUACAGGCUCUUUUUCUGCUCGCUCUUGGACUCCGAGCCAUAGCCAAGGAUGGACAAGCAUGGCACAUAAUCGGUCAAGCUAUCCGCAUGGCCCAGUCUAUCGGGCUGCACAAGUCGGCGAAAAGACACAUGUCGGGAGACUAUUUCACACUUGGUCCCGAACCGGAAGGUCUCCGUGAACGACUGUGGUGGUCACUGUUUGGGAUGGAGAAGCUCAUGCAAUUAGAAUGUGGCCGGCCAUCUAUUAUUGAUCGAAGUUACGACUCACUGCAGGUCCUUUCUGACCACGAUUCUUCCGACUCUGCUCACCAAAACCGGUACUUUCGUGCCUGGGUGGGUCUCGCUACCUUGAUGGGCAAUAUUUCGCACCGUCUCUACACGCAUAAAUUCAUGGGAGGAUCCGCAGAGAUGCUUGGUGCGGUGGCCCAGCUUGAUCUGGAGUUGUCAGAAUGGGAGAAUUCCUUGCCAGAGGAUUUGAAACCUCGAAGAGCUUUGGUCGGCCAUGCGGGACCAGACCAUCACAUCAUAACGACUUUUUUGUCUCAACAAUACCAUCAUGCUCAACUAAGCAUUCUCCGAGUAUCCAUCAUCUUCCCCCAAUACAGUAUCAGCCAAGAAAUCCACCGUCACAGUCCCCAACUUCCCAUCCUCAAACGUGUUCUCGAUGGCGCCAUCACCUGCGCCAACGCCGCUCGAACCAUCGUCACCCAGUCCCUCCAGUUAGAAGACCGCGGUCUCAAAUCCACUCUCCUCUCCAUCUCCCCCACCUAUCUCGCUGCCGUCAUUCUCGCCCUGGGCGCCCUUCGUCAACCAACCAGCCGCCUUGUCCGAUCCGACGUGGAACUUCUCGCCUCAGCCACCGAAUACGUAGAAGCCUGGUUCUCACAGCGUGGAUUUGGCCCUGCGUUCACGCAAACCUGCGUGCAGUUACGUGAAAGGGUAGCUUAUGCAUUUGCUUCGCCCCGGUGUGACGAUGACAGGGGUACGCACCAGAACCAGCAUCUUGCCCGUCGCGCGGGCGAGCCGCGUGGGCCCGCGGGGGACUCGUCGGGGAUGGGACCAUUUGGUGGGUUUGGGUUUGAGGAGGUGUGGAAUUUGACGGAUUUGGAUUUUAUGGUGUAUGGUGAGGAGAAUGCAAUUUUUCCAUCGUGA